AAUGAUCUGGCAGUGAGGCCUUGAUUUUUAGUACAGGGGGAAAGGUCCUAAUACAGUGCAAACUUUGUGUUUGACCAAACUGAGCCUCACAAAGUGCUGACAUUACUGUCUAGCAGAAAGGCAACUGAAAUAAGCAGAAAACAUAUCUGUAAACGUUUCUGAUAUCUGAAUUUUGGGGGGCUACUUUGAAAAGCAAGAAAUGGGAUCAUCAUCUUUACAAAUCUCUGCAUUGCUUCUGGCUUUGGCGGGGCUCAUCAUUUUACUUGUUACAACUGUGUCCAACAAAUGGAAAAUUUCCAGCACUGCAACAGCAGUUAUUACUGCAAACUGGAUUUACGAAGGCCUCUGGAUGAACUGUGCAGCUACUGCCUUGGGUUCGGUUCAGUGCAAGAAAUUUUUCUCCCUGCUGAGUUUAGACACUUACAUACAAGCAUGUCGUGCCCUGAUGAUCAUUUCCAUCGUCUUGGGUCUCUUGGCUACUGUGCUGUCAUUGUUUGGUUUAAAGUGCACACAAGUUGGGAUGAGUAAUGAAAACACAAAAGUAAAGAUUUCUGUAACGGGGGGAGCGAUCUUCAUUUUAGCAGGACUCUCUUCCAUGGUGGCUGUUUCUUGGUAUGCUGCAAGGAUUACUGCUCAGUUUUUUGACCCACUGUAUGGUGGAACGAAGUAUGAACUAGGAGAUGCACUGUACUUAGGCUGGGCUGGAUCGAUUCUGUCUAUGCUUGGUGGGAUCUUCUUGACUUGUUCAUGCAAAGGGGGAAAAAGAGGAAAGCACAGCGACCGCAAGUAUGACUACUCCGCUGGCCAGGCAGCUCAUCAGCCACGCAUUUACACCAAAAAUUCAGAUACAGUCAGAACAGCCAAAGAUUAUGUGUAAACUCUUCUUUUAUUUUUUAAUUGUUUGUACGUUAACAUCUUGUCAAUCCAAAUAAAAAGAGAAACUAAUUUUUGAGUGUUCUAGUUCAGGCUGCAAUCUUUAUCUCAGUAUUGAGGUUGUUAUAUGUUUUAGUACUUCCUUCUGGGAAUAUUUUGAAAAUGGAAACAGUUAAGUUUCUGGAAAGAUAUUGCCACAUGGAGAUAUCCUGUUCAUUGACAAAUCAAGCAAAACGAAGCCAUAAUGUAUGGUGUACCCUGACAACAAAC